GCAAGUCGAAAGACCUCGUUUAAACCUGUUGUAACUUGUAAGCUGUCAUUGUCGAUUGUUUUAGGUUUUCAUCUAAUGCAUAAUGGCUCAAAAAGAACAACAAACUGGAACUUGGGAUGGUGUUACACGACGGAUUUUAAUCGCUGUGGACGACAGUGAAAAUUCUCUAGCGGCUUUCGAUUAUUAUGUCCAACACGUCAACAAGCCAGGGGAUCAGUUGAUAGCUUUUCAUGUAUCGGACCAAGUAAAAAUGCCAACCUAUGCUUUGUUUUCAGAUUUAAUGUCAGGUAUUACAGAGGGUGUGGGAUUCAGUCCAGAUCAAAUGAUGGCAAUGAUUGAUGAACUCAGAGAAAAGAACAAAGCUUUGGAAGCAAAAUACAACAAAAAGUGCUCGGAACUGGAGAUCAAACACAAAUGUCUGAUUGUAUCUGAAGAUCCCCAUGGUCCUGGACAUGCAAUAUGUGAGAGUGCAAAGAAACAUAACGCUGAUAUGAUCAUUGUCGGAUCUAGGGGACUGGGAACACUAAGAAGAACCAUACUCGGAUCUGUGAGCACCUACGUCAUACAUCACAGCCAUAUACCUACAUUGGUUUGUCCAGUUGGAGAAUCAUAAUGAUAUAGUCACCAAAGAAAUUUCUGUUGUAUUUAAACUGUGGUGGCCAAUACUUAAAAUUCCGUGAAAUGUUUUCGCUUGUGCAAGUAUUUUUAAGUGAACAAUGAGCAAACAUGAUUAUCUGUUCUAUAAAAAGUUGUUUGACGUAGUUGAAAUCACUUGAUGUUUUAUAAAAAGAACUGAAGUAACCGAUGUAAAAAGUAUUGUGCCUAUAUAUGAAUGAUUGUAUAAUAUAUAUAUUAUGUAAUUUUGAUGAUUUUCAGAGGUUUUUUCUUCUAAAUUAUCGUAGCAAAAGUCUCAGCGCAAUACCUUUUUAAAAUUACAUGAGUUAGCCUUGUAUGUGUAUUAUAAUUGUAUUGACAUUUAUUCUUCGAAUUUGGAUUCUUUAAAGUAGGAUUAGGGACCCUGUUACAAAUUGUUUAAGUUAAUACAUAUAUGAAGCCGUUCCGUUGCAUUGUGAUUUCUAUGUUGGUUUCCGAGUAUGGAUGAUUUCUGUUGGAUGAAAAAAGUCUACUCAAAGAGAGGAGUUUAUUUUACGGGAGUGCACAUGAUCUUGCGUUCAAUAAAAAUACG